CAUUAGAAUUCCCGGAGUUUACUGCAUCAUGUUCACCACUAGAUUUACGAAAUAGUUUGUUCCUGUGAUCUUUCCGCAGUGGCUUUUGGCGCUGUCGAUUCAAUACUCGUUUGCGGAUUAACACAUUGAGAUGAUAAGCUGGUGGGGAAUAUUACUGACAUUAGUUUUGCCUGUGAUCAUCUACCUCGUGUUCUUUUGGAGAAUUCAUUGGGUCAGGCAUUUGGACACGAAGAAGAAGGCAUAUUACACUGCAGUGAAACUUCGAAAUAUUCGAGAUGCGAAUCCAGUUUAUCCAAAUGGAUGGUUUGCAAUUCUGGAUAGUCAUGAGUUGAAGAAAGAGGAGGUGAAGCACGUGACUGCGUUAGGGGAAACCUUUGCUGUCUACAGAACGAAGAAUGGAGAUGUUCACAUUCUAGAUGCCUACUGCCCGCACCUAGGUGCGAAUAUGGCAGAGGGUGGCAAAGUAGUUGGCAACUGUCUUCACUGUCCCUUUCACGACUGGAGUUUUCGCCCAGACGGAGAGUGCAACAACGUACCCUAUUCGGAGAAGAUACCACCCAAUGCCAGAGUAAGAGCGUGGAAAUCUCUCGAGGUAAAUAAUCUUAUCUUCGUGUGGUAUCAUGCUGAAAUGGAAGACCCCGAGUGGUUUCCCCAGCCAAUAGCGCAAAUUGCGGAUAACAGCUACUGGUGCCAGGGAAGAAACGAGUACUUAAUUAACUCUCAUAUACAGGAAGUUCCGGAGAAUGGAGCAGACUGGGCGCACUUGACAGCCCUCCACGGACCCGGAAUGUUCCUCGGCUCAUACUUACCAUGUCUGUCUCGACAUUCGUGGACUGACACUGACUGGAAACCCCGACCUGAUCACCUCCCAGAGGAAGUCCCCGCGCGACCCCAUCAAGCUUUCGCGGCGCUGUCUCACACUCUGAUACUCUUUGAUAAAUUCUCACUAAUGCACCUCCGAGUAAUGGCAGAGCAGAUCGGGCCCGGUUACGUAGAACUUAUUAUGAACACAAGCCUCGGUAAAAUGUUCAUAAUUCAAACAGUCACACCGAUAGAGCCAUUCCUCCUCCGAGUGACGCAUUCCGUCUAUUCCACUCCCUGGAAUGCACUCUUCGGGAAAAUCAUAUUCCUGGGCGAGUGCUUCAUGUUCGAGAGAGAUGUGCACGUUUGGAAUCACAAGGUGUUCCUCAAAAAUCCACUGUUGCUCCCCGAGGAGAAGAAGAUAAAAGCUUUCAGAAAGUGGUACAAACAAUUCUAUUCAGCGAACAGCCCAACAUAUCAGUCGAUCAAAUCCCUGGAGUGGUAAUUCACUGUGAUAUAAAUUAAAUACGAGUGAAUGUGUAUUUUUUUGUUAACUGAAUGGGAAUGUCUGCCAUUGUGUGAACGCAGUUUGAUAAAGAAAUCGUAAUUUUGUAUUUAGACAAGAUUUCAGCAAAUAAUCGCUCUGAGAAUUAUUUAU